CGUACAUACUGGACUAUUUUUGUUUUUACUGUAUAACAUGGUGCUUUGUCUAUGUCUCGUCUGGCUAUGCGCAUGUCAGUGUCUGUCUGCAAAAUGAAAGUGAAAGUAGAGUUUGCUGUGGGGAGUUACAGUGGAACUCUGAAGACAUAUUUCUCCAAAUUUUUUCUUAUCCAUCAGACUACAGAAUAGUCGAGGACACUGUCGAAAACUAACAUGACCAAUAUAUCAACAAUAUUGCAAUCCUUUCUUGCCUUUAGUUACUUCAUGCACGUCUAUGGAGCAAGUUGUCCAGUUCUGGAGUGCUGGUUUGUCCAGGAGAAACCAGGUGGGGGCUUCCAUGCUGCUAUGAGCCAGGAGAAGUCACUACUUUACAUCAAUACAGACCCAGACAGUGAAGAAACCAGAUCAAAGCAGGGACUAUCUACAGACCAUGAUAGAGUCUACUACGUCACUGACCCAGCAGCUACCCUCUGCAGUUCUUCUAUGCACCCACCAGAAGGCUCAGUCCAGAAGCCACAGUGUGAGAUCAACCCCUUCAUGCCCCAGCCAUCCACCGUCCAAUGGACAGUCCCACUCACGGACUCUGCCCACAGUCCGAUCUACCUGCAAGCCGACUGGUACACUGCUGCCUUGCAGGGCUUUGACGGACAGCUGCGCCUCUCCAAUGUCAUGCGGGCUCCCACGGCAACCAAGGAACCCAAGGUGCUGCUCAGUGUGUCCAGUAGAACCUUCAUGAUCCGUUCCAGACUCGGGGAACCAGUUGUUCUAGACUGUGGGUUCUGGGUGGAUGCCUCUUCUCCUCUCUCUGGCUCUGGCUUCGCUGUGGAGUGGCGCUACCAGUUCAGGGGCGAUGGCCGUCUGGUCCUGGCUUACGACGGCAAGACAGACCGAUUUGCAGAGACCCAGGAAGAGGGAGCGGGGCUAGACUUCACGGCUCUGCACGAGACAGGAAAUGCAUCACUGAUCCUGCAGGAAGCUGAAGUGCGCCACUCAGGAACCUACAUCUGCACGGUGUACUUGCCCUAUCUCCUGGCUCAGGUGGCAGUGGAGCUGGAGAUAGUAGAGCCUCCUUCCCUCUCCAUCUUCCCCUCCCCGCUCCCUCUCUCCAUGCCCGGCCAGGUGGUGACGGUGCAGUGCGAGGCGUCAGGAUUCUACCCCCUCUCCCUGGAGUUCCACUGGGUGUUAACAGGGCCGGGCGGUAGGGUCAGCCCCCUGGGUCAGGGCAGUGUGACGGGCCACAGACAGGGCCCAGACAGCACCUACAGCCAGACCAGCCGUGUGGAGUUGGAUUCAGCCAAGCUAGACCUGGGCCGCGGCGGGGAGGUCACCUGUGUGGCCGUCCACCGUGGAGGCACCCGGCGGGCCAGCGUCACCCUCAAUAUCACUGGUGUCAGUGCUCCCUCCAUUGAGGACUAUAUGGCGAUGGUUGCUGUGGCCCUGGGGAUCUAUGGUUUGAUCAAGGUCGUCUCCUGGACUUUUAGCUCUGGGUCCGAUGUUGCUUACACACAAGAGAAGAAAGUGAAGUAAAUGUGGAAACACCUGGGAUUUCCAGUGUGAGAAUGAAUCUCUCGAAGAAGGGGAAAGGGAAAUGGGGACUAGUCAGUUGUACAACUGAAUGCGUUCAACUGAAAUGUGUCUUCUGCAUUUAACCCAACCCCUCUGAAUCAGAGAGGUGCAGGGGGCUGCCUUAAUCGACAUCCACGUCUUCGGAGCCCGGGGAACAGUGGGUUAACUGCCUUGCUCAGGGGCAGAACGAAAUAUUUUUACCUUGUCAGCUCAGGGAUUCGAUCCAGCAACCUUUCGGUUACUGGCCCAACCCUCUAACCACUAGGAGACUAAAAGACUUGUGCAUAUGAGCGUGUGUACAUGUGGAUGCAGAUAAUUUUAUGUUGUGUUAUUAGUAGUUCUAAUUGGUUAAUGGACCCUGUAUUUAAAGAUUGAACCCUGUCAUUAUUUGCUUCCUAUGGAUUCUGAAAGUAAUCUUUUCAAUUUGAUUUUUUUUAAAUCAUCAUGGAAGUGUGUAUAUUGUUUUCAUUUUGUUUGUUUUGGGUAAUAUUUAAUUAUAUCUUGCCUUGUAUAGGCUACUGUGAAGAGUUAUUUUCUUAUUGAUGUUCCUACCAUCACAUCAGAGUUGUUAGAUUAAUGUGCCGUCAGGAAUGAGCAACAGCUUUGAGAAAAUGAAGACUAUUUGUGAUGAGAUGUAAUAAAGCCUUUGUUCAUCUUCAAAA